AAUAAUUGUCUUCUAAUAAUUAUAUUUUUAUUUUAUUCUAAAAAAAUAUUGACACUAAGUCUAAAAUUUUAGUUCCUCUCGUGGUGAUUGUGUUGAAUUUAACAGGGAGAACUGAGAUUCGAUUCUCUACCACUGCGAUUCUGAGGAAGAGUUCGAAGUGACCACGCACCCACCUUCUUCUCUAAUAGUAAAACUACAGAACCGAUAAUAUUGCAUGAUGCUUCUCCAAGAUACACCUUCUUCUCUCGGAUUUCGCAUGCCUGCUGAAUGGGAACCGCACACGCAGUGUUGGAUGGGUUGGCCCGAACGCGCUGAUAAUUGGCGUGACAACGCCGUUCAUGCUCAACGUGUGUUUGUUAGGGUCGCGUCUGCGAUCUCCAGAUUCGAGAGAGUAACUGUUUGCGUUUGUUCCGCUCAAUGGGAGAAUGCACGGAGUCAGCUACCGGAGCAUAUCAGAGUCAUUGAGAUUUGUUCAAAUGAUUCUUGGUUUCGUGAUAUCGGACCUACUUUUGUUGUGAAAGGCGGAACGUCGAAAUCUGGUGAUGCGGAACAUAGGAUUGCGGGGAUUGAUUGGAAUUUUAAUAGCUGGGGAGGUUCGGAAGAUGGAUGUUACAAUGAUUGGAGUCUUGACACCUAUGUUGCUAAGAAGAUUUUGGAUGUUGAGAGGAUUCCUAGAUUUUCGCAUUCUAUGGUGCUUGAAGGCGGAAGCAUCCAUGUGGAUGGAGAAGGAACAUGUCUUACCACAGAAGAGUGUCUGUUGAACAAGAACAGGAAUCCACAUAUGAGUAAGAGCCAAAUAGAGGAUGAACUAAAGGCUUAUCUUGGAGUCAGGAAGGUUAUAUGGUUGCCUCGUGGAUUAUAUGGAGAUGAUGAUACAAACGGUCAUAUUGAUAACAUCUGCUGUUUUGUGAAGCCCGGCGUGGUUCUGCUGUCUUGGACUGAUGAUAAAACUGAUCCUCAGUAUGAAAUAUCUGAAGAAGCAUAUUCUUUCCUUUCAAGUGUAACAGAUGCUAAUGGUAGAAAAUUUGAAAUCAUUAAACUCCAUGUCCCCGGUCCACUAUACAUGACAGAGAAAGAGGCUGCAGGGGUUUUCCAGGAUGACUGCGCCAAGCCAAGACUUCCUGGUACUAGGCUUGCUGCUUCAUAUGUAAACUUUUACAUUGCAAAUGGUGGUAUCAUUGUUCCAAAGUUUGGAGAUAAAAAGUGGGAUGAUGAAGCUAUCAGAGUUCUGUCUAAGACGUUCCCUCAUCACGAAGUUGUGGGAAUUGAAGGUUCCAGGGAGAUUGUAUUGUCAGGUGGAAAUAUACAUUGCAUCACUCAGCAACAACCAGCCAUUUAGCGAUGCUCUCCCCAACAACGUUGAUAUGUAUUGGGUAAUUUUAUUAGGAUGAUCGAUUAAUUGCUUGAUUUUCAUAUGCAAUAGCUUGCAUUGAAGUGUCUGGAAAUAAAUGGGAAGCCAUUGAAAAUAACACAUAAUUGAUAUUUAAAUUGUGAAAACAUGACUUAUUUCUGAUGAAUGAUUGAUGAAUGAUUGAAUA